CUCAGCGAGACGAGAGACAGAAGGAUGGGGGAUACGGUGAGGUGCACCGGGACGAGGGGACAGAGAGGCUGAGGGACAAACAUGCCCACUGAGGACCGCACAGCACUGCCAUGACAACCAUGCUGAGCCCCAAAAUCAGACAGACCAGGAGAGCCAGGUCCAAGAGCAUGGUGAUGGGGGACACGACCCGGGGCUCCGGCCGGCCCUCGUCCCCGGGCCACCCGGCGGGGGCGCUGAAGGCCGGCUGGCUGAAGAAGCAGAGGAGCAUCAUGAAGAACUGGCAGCUGCGCUGGUUCGUGCUGCGCUCCGACCAGCUCUACUUCUACAAGGAUGAGGUGGAGAGCAAGCCGCAGGGCUGCAUCCCCCUUCUCGGCAGCCAGGUCAAUGAACUGACGCCUAAUCCGGAUGAGCCUGGACGUCACCUCUUUGAGAUCAUCCCAGGUGGGGGUGGAGAGAGGGACAAAACUGCCAUCAGUCAUGAAGCCUUCCUGCUCAUGGCCAGCUCCCAGAACGACAUGGACGACUGGGUCAAAGCCAUCCGACGGGUCAUCUGGUCCCCCUUUGGAGGAGGGAUAUUCGGCCAGCGUUUAGAAGACACGGUGCAGUAUGAGAAGAAGUUUGGCCGGCGUCUGGCCCCACUGCUGGUGGAGCAAUGUGUGGACUUCAUACGAGAGCAGGGUCUGGACGAGGAGGGCCUGUUUCGGAUGCCGGGACAGGCCAACCUCGUGAAGGAGCUCCAAGAUGCCUUUGACUGCGGAGACAAGCCUCUUUUCGAUAGUAACACAGAUGUCCACACGGUGGCGUCCCUGCUGAAGCUGUACCUCCGCGAGCUCCCGGAGCCCGUUAUCCCCUUCGCCAAGUACCAGGACUUUCUCACCUGUGCUCAGCUGCUGGAUAAGGAUGAGGAGGAGGGAAUACAGGAGCUGACUAAACAAGUGAAGACUCUUCCUCAGGCCAAUUACAACCUGCUGAAAUACAUAUGCAGAUUUCUUGAUGAAGUGCAGUCCCACUCCAAUGAAAAUAAAAUGAGCGUGCAGAACCUAGCCACUGUGUUCGGACCAAAUAUUCUGCGCCCUAAAAUGGAAGACCCUGUGGCAAUUAUGGAAGGAACUUCGAUGGUGCAGCACCUCAUGACCGUCCUCAUCAGGGAACAUGAGCGGCUGUUCGCGGGCCCGGACUCAGAGGAACAACCGGAGGUCCAGGCACAGGGCCGGCACGGCACGGUGGGUUGGAUCUCCGAGGAGGACCUCCAGAGUCACCCCCCCACGGAGAGAGGCCCCAACCCCCGCGAAGACCUGAAUGGCAGCUCCUCCUCCCUGGAUGUCAACCUGAUCAGCAUGACCUCCAGGCGGGGGCCUCAGGGAGGAGGGCAGGGAGACGGGGAGGGGGCGGUGAGUCCCAGCAAGCAGGUCAAACCCCUCCCCUCCUGGAAGUACUCUUUUAAAAGCGGGGGGUCUCGGUCUCCGCACCCGGCCAAGCUGGGCGGCUCCUCCGUGGACAUCUCCAGCCUGUCGGGCGGGAACUGGCUGCUGAACGGGCUGUCCUCGCUGCGGGGACACCGCCGCACCUCCUCGGGCGAGCGGGUCAGGGACUCCGGCUCGUCCCAGAGGCUGUCCACCUACGACAACGUGACCUCGUCCAGCCUGAGUGUGCCCAGUGUGUCCAGCACGCCCUGGUCCACCUCGUCCUGCGAGAUCUCCGUGGCGGACUCCACCAGCGACCUCUCGGGGUUGGAGGACUGUGGGAAGGGGGAGUGGCCUGAGGCGGGGUCUCUGGCGCGGCGGGGCGGAGCCGACGAGAAGCCCCCUGAGCACGGGGCUGACAGCAGCGAGCCUCUGGAGGCAUGCCUCUGCGGUGCAGGACAGGGCGAGAACAGGGAGGUGACCUCUGACCCCACCGCGCCCCCCGACACUGACGGCCACUCUAAAGCACUUACCAGCCUAGUGGAGGAGCUGAGGGAGGAGCUAAGGAAGCAGAAGCUGACCUAUGAGACCAGGAUACGAAAGCUGGAGGAGUCAAGCGCGGCCCUGUGCGCACACAUGGAGAGGCUGGAGCACGAGAUGGACCAGGAGAGGAAGAAGCAGCGCAUGCUGGAGAUCAAGCUGCGCAACUCGGAGCGGGCCCGCGAGGACGCCGAGAACCGGAACCGGCUGCUGCAGGAGGAGAUGGAGGAGUUCUUCUCCACGCUGGGGGACCUGACUCUGGGAACAAGGACGAGCAACAUAUGAAACCCAGACGCACCGGACGAGAGGAUGUCAGAGAACAUACUCUUACAAACAAAGUAGUAUAUGUUAAAAUA